AUGUCUCUCUCCAAAGUCAUGAGUGGCCUCUCUAAACGUGCGGGCCAUGGUGAGGAAGACCCAACCGCUGGUCUAGAAAACGUCGACGUUCAACACUACCUUGGAUACAUCUGGUGGAUCAUCGUCGUCGUCUUCUUCCUCUACCAAGUCAUCCUCUACUUUGUCCGCUACAUCCGUACUGUAACAUGCCUCAACAACGAAACCCAAAGAUACUUCGCCAUUCCCAACCGGAUCUACGCAGCUUUCAAAAAGCACUGCCUCGAUGCGCCCCUGUUCCGCACCCGUCAUCACCGCGAGUUCAAGCUCUCUUCCGCUAUUGGCGUUGGAACCUUGCCCAGUCGUCUGCAGAGCUUCUUCCUGAUUGGCUACUUCGCUGUCAACAUUGGCUUCUGUGUCUGGAAGAUCGACUACAGCACCUUUUCCUCGGGUGCUGGUGAACUCCUCAGCCGCUCCGGUAUCAUGGCUGUCAUCAACAUGAUCCCACUGUUCCUCCUUGCUGGUCGCAACAACCCCAUCAUCAAGCUCACCGGCAUCUCCUUCGACACCAUGAACCUUAUUCACCGUUGGUUUGGACGUAUUGUCAUUCUCGAGGCAAUUGCUCACACUGUAUGCUGGAUCGCUAACAAGGUUCACACCAAGGGCUGGGGUGCUGUACAAGCGUCUAUUACCGGAAGCGAGUUCAUCAUGACGGGUUUCAUUGGAACUGUUGCAUUUGUGUUCCUACUGAUUCAGUCCCCAUCACCAGUGCGUCACUCCUUCUAUGAGGUGUUCUUGCACGGUCACAUCGUCGGUGCUGCCAUUGCACUCGGCGCUGUGUGGGUCCAUCUCAAGGAGCGGCCGCAACAGUUUAUGCUCUACGGCGUACUUGCUCUCUGGGUCAUGGAGCGCACCUGGCGAUUCGUCCGCCUCGUCAUGCGCAAUGUUGGAAACGGUGGUACCGGUUGUGACGUUGAAGUCCUUCCCGGAGACGCCCUUCGCGUGACUGUCCGCAUGGCUCGCCCGUGGAGGUUCCGCCCUGGUCAGCACGCAUACUUGUACAUUCCUUCCGUCGGAUUGUGGACCAACCACCCCUUCUCUGUCGCUUGGAGCGAGGAGGAAGAAGACCUGACCAUCGCCUCCGCCGCCGAUGAAAAGGGUCUCCCCAUGAACCGCCAAGACAUUCUCGAGCACCACAAGACAAGCAUGUCUUUCAUCAUUCGACGACGAACCGGUUUCACCGACAAGCUGUUCAAGAAAGCAGACCUGUCCGCUGCCGGCAGAUUCUCCACUUCGGCAUAUGUCGAGGGCCCAUAUGGCGGUGAAGAUCUCAGCUCUUAUGGCACGGUUAUGCUAUGGGCUGCUGGUAUCGGUAUCACUCACCAGGUUCCCCACGUUCGUGAUAUCGUUGCUGGUUACGCAAACGGAACCGUUGCCACUCGUCGUCUCACUCUCGUCUGGAUCAUCCAGUCGCCCGAACACUUGGAAUGGAUCCGUACAUGGAUGACACAGAUCCUCUCCAUGCCACGCCGCCGGGAAAUUCUGAAGAUCCUGCUCUUCGUUACUCGUCCCCGCAGCACCAAGGAGAUUCACUCGCCAUCCUCCAGUGUUCAGAUGUUCCCUGGUCGUCCUAACGUCCAAGCCUUGGUCGAUCAGGAGAUGCAAGAGGGCAUCGGUGCUGCUUGUGUCAGCACUUGCGGUACUGGUGGGUUGGCGGAUGAGCUUCGUCGCUCAGUCCGCAACCGCGAGUCUCAGUGGAAUGUUGACUUCCGUGAGGAGUCUUUCUCGUGGUAA